AUGCAGACGAACCGAUGCUCACCAGGGGAACGGAGUUUAAGGCUCCGACAAUGGUGGACGAAAGCCAGAGCAGGACCAGGGCGCCAACGCCAUACACGACCACGCUCGUCUUGUUGUCUACCUUGUCCCACUGCAAGCACAGGAGAGGGCGAUGUCGGUGGGUGA